GGCUCUGGCUCUGGGGCGGUGCGUGUGCAGGGAGGCCAGGCGCUUCUCAGCCGCCAGGCAGCAGAGCGGGGAAAGCCAAACCGGAGCCGGCUGAGUCCAGGUUCCCGAGCCCCAGGAGGUGGAUGGGGGGGUGUUUCCCGAAGCCGGGGAAAGGCGGACGCUGCAACUUCGCCAUGGGCUGCUGGAGGCGCCAGGCCACUGCUGAAUGGAGUUUAAAGGGAGCCCUGCCAGGGGGCAUGGAGCACUGACGGCCCCGGGGCGCCCCUGGGCCACUUGCCCCGCUGCCGGAGAUUGACCCCAAGUCUUCCACCGAGGCUCACCCCUCUCCUUCCCUUCCCCCGCCCCAUGCACCCCGAUAAAAGGCGAGCGCUGGAACCCCGCGGAAGCCAGUGCUCGCCUCGGGGGCUGCAUGAUUUCUACCCACUGGGCGUGUGACCGGAGACUUCUCGUCUUGGGCGGAGGAAAAUAAACCACCACCGCCCCCCCCGGCCAGCAGCGACCUGGAGGGGGGCCGAGGGAGCCAGGGGAGAAAACCCGGAGGCGCCUGCUGGGGAGGUGCUCUGCUGGUGAGGGGGAAAUUGCUGAUUGCUAGAUGAGAGGAAAGAGAAACAGCGAUGACUACCACUGCAUGCCAGUAAGGGGGAAAACAGGUGGAGAAAGACACUCUGGAUCCAUUCACUGAGGAGGGGGUGCUUCAUGAAAGACUGGAUCCUGUCUCCUUGCGGCUAGCAAAUGCUGGAAAAGGCUGUACUUGCAGGGAGAAGAUGCCAUUCCACCAUGUAACGGCUGGCUUGUUAUACAAGGGGAACUACCUGAAUCGAUCGCUCUCUGCUGGCAGUGACAGCGAACAGCUAGCCAAUAUCUCUGUGGAGGAAUUGGAUGAAAUCCGUGAAGCCUUUCGGGUACUGGACAGGGACGGGAAUGGCUUUAUCUCCAAGCAGGAGCUGGGCAUGGCUAUGCGUUCUUUGGGAUACAUGCCUAGUGAGGUAGAACUGGCAAUUAUCAUGCAGCGUCUCGAUAUGGAUGGGGAUGGCCAGGUUGAUUUUGAUGAAUUUAUGACCAUUCUUGGACCUAAGCUGGUAUCUUCAGAAGGGAGAGAUGGUUUUCUUGGAAAUACAAUAGACAGCAUAUUCUGGCAGUUUGACAUGCAAAGGAUAACGCUGGAAGAGCUCAAACAUAUUCUGUAUCAUGCAUUCCAGGAUCAUUUAACAAUGAAGGACAUUGAAAACAUCAUCAUCAAUGAAGAGGAGAGUUUGAAUGAAAACUCUGGCAACUGCCAACCAGAGUUUGAAGUUCACUCCCAGAAACAGAACAGACAGACCUGUGUACGGAAGAGCCUUAUAUGUGCAUUUGCCAUGGCCUUUAUUAUAAGCGUCAUGCUGAUUGCAGCCAACCAGAUCCUCCGGAGCGGCAUGGAAUAGCCUUUCAACGUAACACUGUGAACCAAACUAAUCAUGCAUGCACAUGCCAACGGGUGAACUUUUUCCUCAAUCAACUUUGAAAAGGGAAAGAAAGAGGCGGGCAAAUAAAGAACCAGUCGACAAGGAACCCGAGGCCAGCAGUGUAAUACGUCUUGUGAAUCAACUACAUCCUCUUGGCAGGGACAUAAAAGGGCUGUCUUAAUGCUUUAAUGGUUUUGUUUCCUAAUGCAAUAAUUCAGGACUCCUGUAUGUUUAUUGCUUCAAAACAGCGGUGGUAAUUUGGAGGACUCACUUUCAUCCAGAGUUAUAUUUUGUGAUUCUGAAGAAGCUCAGCCUUAUGAGCUAUUUUUGUGGGGCUGUCUUUUAACCUAGCGGGCCAACAGACUAUUUUGAGUAGCUUUCCAGGAGUCCCAUGUUCCCAGGAAGUCUAUCAUAGUGUAGCCACAAGCAAAUACAGUUUGUUUUACUUCACCUAUUUUGCUGUGUUUUCCUUUAUGACUGUGUACUCCAGUCUAUGGCAUUGGAGGGAAGCUAAAAAGUCCUUGUAUAGCAUUUUCAAAUUUUAAAAAGGAAAAUUUGCUAGUGUUGUGCAAUUUCUAUUUUUUGGUUUUAAACCCACCUUUGACACAAGAUUGUGGGGGAAGCACUCUGCUAUUUUUUUGUUGUUUCAAUCAGGGCUUUUAAAAGAAGGAAAAAAAAAAAGCUUGCUUUAGCACAUGGGCAUUUUAAAAAUCUGUGCACAGUCUUCCUACUGAGUCUGCAGCCAGCGCUAUCAAUUAAAGAUCAUCACAUUUGGCUCCAUCUGUGCAUCAGAGGUCACUCACUGGUUUUCAGCAAACUCGCUUUUGCCCUUGCUCUAAAUUGGUCUUGCAUAAGCUUCUCAGACACCAAAAAUCCUAGGAGAACUCUUCCAAUAAAAACAAUAUUUUUUUUGAGUCCUGGCUCCAAUUACAUACUUUGUUAUGGAAAUGAGGCAUCAGAAGUCUCUAUGCUAGGCACCUUCUAUUAAAAAAAGGUAUAUAUAUAAAGUAUCUCACACCUUUGACUUUUUGGUGGUGUUCGUUUUGGAUCAUUCGACUGUUCUGUCUUAUCAGGGGCAGUUUUUCCCCUCGUGCGUAGGCUCAUGGGAGAGAAAACUGAAAAGCAGAAAGCAACAAGCAGUGGAAGAGCUCAGACUAGAAAAUACUGCCAUAUGUUACAUGGCACGUCAGCCGUUCAGAUCCUGAGUUACUCAUUUUUCCUGGAAGAGAUUUUCAUGAACGGCACAAACAAGAUCAGGGAGUUAUGUAGACAAAAGGUACAACACGUACUGGGAUGAGCACAAGGACUACGCAUGCUUGAUGCCAGGAUCAAAUAUGGAAUUUUUAUUUUUUUAAAAGAGGCACGAUCCUUGCAUUUAGCUUUGAACGAUCCUCGCAUGAUCUGGAUACGAGGUGGGGGGAAGUCACCUGCUAUUGUCAAAUGAACAGCGUGUGUCUGGGGAGGAGAGAAGGCAUAGGCUGUAUUUCUUUAGAUUCCUGAGUGUAGGGUUAGAGCCAUAAGAGCUGCAGGAGUCUAGUGCUGCCAGCUACGUUAGAUGCCCCCAAGGGGGUGGAAGGCAUCACUGUGAAAGUGGGGUCAAGGAGCAGAUGCUUCACUUUUUUAAAGGGAGGCAGAGCUUCAUCUCCAACUAGACUGUCAGAGGAACUUUGGGUGUGCCAGCCACAAUCACUGCAGAGACGCACAGUGCUCCAUUCCUUCUCUCCCCCCUACAAUGCAGCCAAGCAUCUUAAACCCUGAUCCGUCCUGAAAACUAACAUGUCUUUUUGUUUGCCUACCAGGUUGGUCUGUUACAUGUCAUGCGUAUUUUUAUUUGGGCUGAUUAGAAAGUGAUCACAAUGGAACCAUUCCUUCCUCUUCUUCUGCCUCCUCCAUCUACAGACACUUCAGCCAUUUACAAUGGAGGUGUUCAGUAUCUGUCAUGGAUCUGCAUUCCUCUUCCCCCCACCCCCAAGCCUGAAUCCACAGUCUUUUCAUGAUCCAUCUUUUCCCUGUUUCUGAGCAAGACAACUUUAGUUUUCAAAGCAACCAUGGAAUUUUUCUGCUUAGGUUUCAGGACAUGGUGCGCGUGUGCACACACACACACCCUUCAUUUCUGUUGUACUGUGGCCAAAACUGGAUCAAUGGGUAGAAUAUUCUCUGAGAAGCAUUCCUUCUCCCAGAAGGAGAGAUUUACGUACGGUAUGGGACAGGAACGGACUUCAAAACAAAACCAAAUCCUGGGAGAGUUCUAAACACAUGCUUCUUGUCACUAGGGACCAGAGAGAGAGUUAAAGGCUUUCUGCAAGGGACCCGGCAGAUCUAGUCGACUAAUGAGCAUUGAGAUCUUGAUGCUGUAAAUGUGGAUGACCGUUUCACGUCUCAGGGGCACGAUGAAAGUGGCAUCACUGGAACACAGCAUCAACACUACUUAUCACUGGGUGAUGUUUAUUAACAAUUUGCAGUUAUUGCCUGGAGGCUUAACUCUUCUUGCUUAAUAUUCCUAGUUGCCUGGUGGAUGGACCAUAUUGGUGCCUUUUGAAAGUUAGAAGCCAACAUUCCACAUGGAGAGCAACUGAAGCAAAGACAAGCGUUAAGUUAUGGUCUGACCCAGCCCCCCCCAGUUCACUUCUUGGGGAGCUGGAUCAGAUCACUGGGGCCAAAUCCAAAGACCCUUCCCUCAGGCACAAAACUCCCAUUGACAUCAGUGCGAGUUUUGCCUGAGAAAGUUUGGCUCCGGGUACCUUAACAGAUCAACAAGGGCAUGUUGAUCAGUAUAGUAAUAGUAAACGAAAGUCACCAGCGUUUGGCAAGUCUAAAUUACUUUAAUCAUCCCCAUUCCCUGAAAACAACCCAUGGAUUUCAGUAGGUGUGUGUGUUUACUGUUUUAGUUUACACAAAAAACAGGAUUGUAAUUUCAUAUUGUUCAGCAUAAAUAUUAAAUUGCUACUACUAGAAUGUUAUUAGGUUACAUAAAAGGACUCAAAAACAUGUUCCCGUUCUUAGUCAGUUACUCAGAAUAAGAAAUCCAAAGCCAUGUGACACUUGAUUCAUAAAUAGGAAUUAGACUUUGAAAACUGAUCCUUGACCACAGUUAAAAAGCUCUGUUCUCAUUCCCCGCAUGGGAGGGGAGCCUGGCAUGCAUCAGGAGCGGGAUAAAUCCCGCCCUCCAAAAUACAGGCACACAGUACUGCAUGUUUAGUAAUAUUAUUAACUACAGCACAUGGGCAUGUCUUGCACAUCGGUAACUCAUUCCACACCUUGCAUAGCAACACUGCAAGUUCCAUGGGAAUUUCAGGGGCUGCUCCACAUUGCCAUUUGGUAUGAAAAGGCAAUCGCUAAGGCAACCCUGGCUAUACAAGACAUGCACAGUGUCACAGAAACAUGCAACAGUUUGUUAAAGAGAACACAGCCCAAUUUCAUUAGUGUUGGUCAAACGGUAUUCAAGCCAAGAACUGAUAAACUUAGCCUGCCUUUUGGUUCAUGCAUCAUUCCCAGAUUCUGAAAAUACACUUGUAUCUAAGGGCUUGUCUAGGUGGAGGGUUGCACUGGUUUGUCUAACUAUGUGAAAUUCAAGAGAUUAAUUUAAACUGGUGGAAAACCUCCAAGUGGACACACUUAUUUCAGUUUAAGCGUAGUAUUCUGGUUUAGCUAAACCAAACUAAGACAAUGAGUGUGUGUGUCCACACAUUUGGAUUGCAUCAGUUUGAUCAAACCAGUGUAAGUCUGCGUAUAGAAAAGCCCUACAUUUUUGCUACUGAUUGGACGGUUCUUAUGUCCAUUUGUGAAUGGACAGCUACAGGCAUCUGCAGUUUGCCGUGUGGGAUUGAUCAUAUGGAUUUUAAUGCUUCCUAUUGGAAGGACAAACUUUUUAAAAAACAGGCGACUACUGAACAACAAGAAAAAGCCCAUCUGAUAAUAAUUGGAGAGGCAUUUGGUAUUUGCCAAUAUUACUGUGAACAUGGACCGAAUCUGGAAGUUCAUGAGCAGCUAAGCAUAUGAGCCUCCCAAAAAGCUGAAUGAGGUUGUUGGUUUGUUUGCUACAGUGCCAGCUUGCCAAACCUGUGUAGAGCUGGGUAAGAAUCUAUGUAAGAAGGAUUCUGGCUCGGUCUUACGUGAUCCAAGAUGAAAUUUUCGGCUGGUUCAGGAAUAUUUUUCAUCCUGACACUUUACAUUUAAAAAGGUAGAUCCUGGUUUUCAAAAGAUGUUGAGCACCUGGUCACUUUAGUUGGAAUUCUAGGCACUCAGCACCUCUGAAAGUCUUUUGAAGCUUUCGUAGGGGUUUAUUUAUGGUAUAUAGUCUUGGAUCAGGAAGCAAGACAGCUUUCUGUUUCUUUAAUCUUUUGCCCUAUAGUAACAGAGAAUCUCUGGGCAGCCUCAAGUUGAAGUGGUGGAUGAAUAAAGCUGCAGCUAGGGAAUAAGCGAGUGGGUCAAAAAACAUCAGAAGUAGCAAAUUUACAUAAUCAGCAGCUGAGCAAACUGAACAUGGUAGGCUCACGCCGUCCAACUAGCAAAGUUACAAAAGCACCAGAAUCGACCUUCACAUAGCUUACACCUUUAACCACUGCCAAAGGAGAAUCUGGAGUCAGAUCCAGUAUCUGUGUGGACUGAGAUGAAGUACAAAAUGCUACCAUGCAGCAUAACUGGGAACAAUUGUCUGCUACCAAGUUGGUACUCACACCCUUGUUAAGGUUACAGUAAGAUUUUCCACAAGAGAAUGGUCGCAGUAAAUUUGGGUAGGAAUUCAAUUACCAGUCAGGAAAUAUGAGCAUUCUGCCCAGCCAUAUCUUAGAAAAUUGACUCUCUGGAAUAGUUAUCUAAUGAAAGUUAGCCACUAGUGUCACUUUCCUUUACACUUCACUGUAGCUACACAUUUCCAGGGUCAAAGAAAACUCUAAACACCACCUCAACACACGCACUGAAAAUGUCUCAAGUCGUCUAGGCUAAUACAGAGAGUUCAGCACCACAGAUUUUAUCCCCCAUCAAGAGUUGGGCAUUGAGAAUUCUGUCUGAACCCAUUCAUUAGCUCUGGUCUCUAAUGCUACCUCCAUGGCCCUGCUACCUAGCCUGCCUAAUCAGCUUUGCACCCCACAGAAUCUCCCCAGGAGCCUCUGACCCGAGGUGGCAGAAUAGAUAGGGGCAGAACAUGGAAAGAGUGUAGAACAUGGAAGAGGACACUUUCUUCUCAGCCCACCCCUUACUCCUCCCACAAGAUAACCCUAGUCUAAUCUUGCUGAGGCCAGAGUUAAAGUUGUGAUUUUGAGGGACUGGGUACAGACAGUUCACACUGAGUAUUCUAGGUGUGUACUCGCACACUCAUGUUUAGAUGUCAGGACUUAUGAAUUGGUUGGUCAGGAAGCUGCUUGGUCAGGGAGUUUGCCAGUAAAAACCACACCAUGUCCUUGAAUUCUAGUGACUAUCAAAAAAGGUAAUGCAAUUGCACAACCUAAAUUCCACAUUAACCAAGGGGUUUAGAUGAUUUCAAGAAUAUGUCAUCAACCUAAGAUUAUCAGUCACAGCAUCCUAGUGAGCGCUCGUCUAUGUUAUUGAUCUGAAUGAAUGCAGAAAGCCCAGAACAAAGACUGUACAGCAGUUAGGUCGAUGGGUGUUAGAUUAGAGGGAGAGCGAAUCUUUCUGUGCUUAAAGUGUGUUCUGGCUUCCUAUGAAGAACUCAAAGAAUGCCUGAUGGAACUCAGUACAGACUGACCCCUGUCCACAGUUCCAAUCCUAUAGAUGAAAUUCCAUUUUGAAGUGCUCGCAUAAUACAAGGAGAUUUACGCCAGUCUCUCUCCCUUAUCCAUUCAAGAUUUUAUACUCAACUGCAACUUUUAUGCACUUGUAUACACACACACACACACACACACACACACACUGCUGUCAAGAACUGUUGUCCCUCAGAAGCAAGAAAUUAACAGUUCCAAUAUAGCUGUAGGUCUGUGACAGGAGAAAUGGUAUUUUGAUCAUCCACAGAAAGAAGAAUGAGAAUCUCUACUUUACCACCAGAUACAAUGAAUUAUUGAGUUUCGGGUCUUUUAAAAAAUUGGUCAUCUCAAUCUCAUAAGAGCUUUAACUCUGACCAAGUGUCUUGAUUCAUAUAUAUUCAUGCUUAAAUGAAGGAACAACAAGUCUUAUAGCAGCCAUAUUUUAGUGAAAUAAUAGAUUAUACUCUAACUGAUGUCAGGAAAUCUAGUGGCAGAGCUGUCACUUUCUAGGAAAGUAAUGGGCUUCAUUCUAAGAAUUUAAUAUAGAACAUUCACUUUCAUCUCCAUUUUGGCUGCCACUUUCAUGAGGACUAACACUGAUUUUUAUUCACGUACGUGAAUUUUAACUUUCUGGGUCAAAGGCAACACUCUGAUUUCUGCCAGAAAUACUUCCUAUAAAUCUCGGGAAUAUUCAGCAUCUCUGAAUGGACUUUGCAAUUUAAAUCUUCAAAUUCUAAUGCGCUCUCAUUUGGAAGGAAGAGGGGCAAGUUAAACCCUAGUGUUCAGCUAAAAUCCAUGGCAACUUUGCUUGCAGUUGAACAGAAUUGGGAAUGCAUGACUUCCCCUCCCUGCCCUAUGGUCAGCUACACUGAAAAUUCCCCUUUGUAGGGGAAGGGAUAAUGGGAAGAGUUGGAGUGGUGAGUUUCUUCUGAACCAUCCAAGGAGAGAUUUGAAAUACCAAAGGUCAUUCCAGGAAGCUGCAGCAGCAACCAGAGAUUCUAUUAGCUUCACAUUUUUAUUUGUUGAAAAUUUUCUGACCAGCUCUACUCAUUCAGUAUUGUCAAAACAUGCCAUUCUGAAAUGGUUCAUUUUUGACAGAGACAGAUUUUGAAGAACUUUUCCAGCUACAAGGCGGACAUGAGAGCAGAACCUGACCUUUUUGAUCUUGAAACAGAUGUUUCAACAAUUGUUUCACAAAAACUUUCAGAACAUUUCGGUUUAGUUCCAAUGCAGAACAAACCCAGAUUUUGAAGCCUUGAAAGUUUUCACGGGCUUGUAUUGUUGUUUUCUGUCCAGUCCUAUUCAAGAGUGAUCAUUAACAGGAUCCUAAAGAGAAGUCUGUCUUUGCUUUCUUUUUAAACUGCAUUCCUCUUAAAAUUAACUCACAUCUGCUAGUCCUGUGUCUGAAACGGCAAAUCCUUCCUCACAUGGCUCCUGUGACUAAAUCCCUGACCCUGCGAACAAUUAUGCAUGAGCUUCACUUUACGACUGAUUAGCCCACUGAUUUCAAAAUUAGGCAUGCCCAUGUUUGCAGAAUUGGGGCCUAAGAGAUCAGGACCCUCGUAUUGUACAUCUGUUUUGAUUUUACCUGUAAACAAGAGCUUCUAUUUUCAUAUUCUUCCAGACUAAAACACAGUAUUAGCAUUCCUGCCAUCCUUGUCUAGACAUGCCAAACUGUUCCUGCUUCAUUCAGUGGCUCCUGUUCUCACAAAUCCCAUCAACUACAGUAAACGAAUGGGGUGUGAUUCUUCUCUCACAUACACGAGAGAAAUCAGGAGUAAAUCCAUUGAAGUCAAUGGAGUUAAACUGGAGUGAGCUCAGAAUCAGCCACGCUGACAUUCAUUUUAUUGAAUAAUUGAGGCCUACUGGCUCAGCCAAAUGAAAGCCCACAUUACUAGUUUAAUUUAUAUACCUCAAUGUUGCAUCCGUAAUUAUUUCUGCUCCAUUUCUCAUUCAGUUUUUAAAA